AUGUAUUCUAGACCUGCCGACGGCCUGCGGAUCUGCCAUCCUUUUGAGUGCGCCGUGUCUGGUUCAUCCAGAGUCGAGGCUAUGAAAAAAGUAGUUCAGCAGCUCCAGCUGGAGGCCGGGCUCAAUCAGGUGAAGGUUUCCCAGGCAGCUGCAGAUUUGAAACAGUUCUGUCUGCAGAAUGCUCAGCAUGACCCUCUGCUGACUGGAGUAUCUUCAAGUACAAAUCCCUUCAGGCCCCAGAAAGUCUGUUCUUUUUUGUAGUAAGACGAAUCUUGGCAAGGUUUUCCAAACCACUUUUCAUAAACCAGUGAAUAUUCAAAGGAAAGCCAGAUUUGAAGCCUGUACAAAAGCCUCUCUGUAACGUGCUAUACUAUACAAACUUCUACUUUUGUCAGUCCUUAAUGUCUGCCUCUGAAUUUUCUGUUUCACAAGGGUAAUUAUUUUAUAUACACUGAUGGCAGCAUACAAUAAAAUACUUAGUAUAAAAAAAUGAGUUUAAUGUUGAGUUGAGUGCCAGUGAUGAGUCAGGCAAAUAUACAUGUUAAAGGAAAUACCACUUAUUCCUUCAAGUGCUUACCAUUUUACCUUUGAUUUAUUUAGUGUAAUAUAAAGUCUUUGGUGCUUCUUAGACGUUUGAGUACUAUACAAAAGUCUUCCAAACUCCUAGGAAUAAGUGAUAAGAGUUAGGUUUUGGAUUGUGCAUCAGAGGCGAAAUGUGGUAUGGUUAUUGAAGCUGUGAGAAAAAUGUGAAAAUAGUGUGGAAAAAGUGAUUGCUGAUCUUGGUUUUAUACAGUUUUUCCAGUGUUGCUUAUUAAGUGUGAGGAAUGAAUGUUGUUUUACCCUAAGGAAUUUGAAAAGACCCUGAUGCUGGGAAAGAUUGAAGGCGGGAGGAGAAGGCGACGA